AGAGUUUUGUUUUGUCAAAAAAAAAACAAAAGUGUGAAAUACUGAGAUCUUCUUCAACCUAAUUUCAGUUUCCUGGAGGAAAAACUUUGAUACAAUCAGCAAGUUUGGUUGGGAAACGUGAAUAUUAGAUUGAAAUCUCGUUUCCCAUUCGUUUCCGGGAUGAAUUCAGUUUCAAACACGUCUCCAUUUUUCUGAAACGGUUUCGGCGCGUUCCGAAACCGUUUCCCGGUUUCCCCGUUCCAGGACGUUUCGGAAACGGUAAGUCGUGAUUUUUUUGGCGUUUCCGUGCUUCGUAGGUAUACACUUUCACGACUCCCCUCUCUCCAGUCUCCACCAGUCUCACUCUUCACUAUCCCUGGAGAAUAAAAUACCGCCAUUGUUGCCGGAUACGAGCUUCCUUCCCCAAUCUCGUUCUAGGGUUUCAACUCAACUUGAUUUCCACCUUCUUCCUCACAUUGACAUCAAUUUCACCCUCACAAUAUCGAAGCCAUGGUUGAUCCAAUACACAGGAAUCAGAAGAAAGGCAAAAUUACCCAAGAAGACGUAUGCAAUAUCUUGCAAAGAUACUCGGCUGGGACAUUGUUAGCAUUACUCAAAGAAAUAUUGCAACAUGCAGACGAAAAGAUUGAUUGGCAGGUGUUAAUGGCAAAGACGGAGACAGGGAUUAAGAGUGCGAGGGAGUAUCAAAUGUUGUGGCGGCAUGUGGCAUAUGGCCAAACCUUGACUGAUAACAUUUGUGCAGAACAAAUAACUCAGGACAAUGACAGUGACCUGGAAUAUGAAGUGGAAGCUUGUCCCACUGUGAGUAGCACGGAUGCUAUGGAGGCUUCUAAUUGUGUUAAGGUUCUCACCUCUGGCUCAGCCAACAAGUCUCGCAUGUCCAACAACUCAAGUUUUGAGGUGCCAAAAGUCUCUUUAGAAAAUGUACAAGUUCGAAAACGACCACAAGCUGCAGGGACCUCUAUUGAGGGAUUGCAUGCAAAUGGAACAACAAGCAACACCCAGAAGAAAAGAAAACUGCCAUGCUCAGAGGAGGAAGACAUAGAACUAAUUGCUACUGUUAAGAAAGGAGAAGUAAAGGGAGAGAGCAAUACUACACAUCGUGCCCAGAAGGCAAAUACUAAUAGGAAGAAACAGGGGAGCGUGAAUAUUGGAGGUGCCAACACAGCUCUUUCAAAACUUUCCGCAGCAAUGCAGGCUACUAAUUAUGCAAUUGAUUUGUUUGCUGGCCCAUCAUCAAGUUCUGCCACUGGUUGUAAUGGACAUGGUGGUUCUAAUACUGAGGCAGCAUUCCAACCGAAAGUGGAACCUUCAACAAUGGGCACCUUAACAAAGUUGGGUCCUAAAAGAAAUGGAAUCGCAGCACCACAAUCUAGUGCCUUCACUGAUUUAGAUUUAGAUUUAGCUGCAAAAGCUGCAGGGGGGCGCGUUGCUAGUCCUUCAGAAGCGUCUCGAUUAAAGGCUGAACAGUCGAAAACUGUACAUAUUAUCUGCAGUGGAUUAACAAUGACACCACCAACUUCGGUGGCUGUUGGAGGAGGUCAACAAGCCAAGGGUAGUGCAAUUGUGCCAGUGUCUCAGGCUUCAAAGGGAAAGGGGAAAGCCACAUCUGUUGUAAAAACAGAGCGAAUUAGUGAUGCUCAACCAUUACCAAUGGUUGUGCAACAGUGUUCAAUUCAACAAUCAAAUGCUAAAUCGGUGACCAGAAUCCAAGAAGACGCAGUACUAUGAACAAGCAUUCCAUUUGUGUAGCAUCGCACAAGGCUUUACUCAUCUCGGUUGUUAAUGGGGUGCCGGAAAGACAGAGCUUUGAAAGUGAAGAUGAUUUGCUGGAGCUAGAAAUAUCUAACCAAAUGAACAUGUAGAUAUAGUACUGUGUUUAGCCUAAAGUUAUGUAAAUUCUCUCAAAAGAUUCUCUGUUUUUUCCUAGCUGUCUAUGCUGAAAUUUUGUUAGGGAACCGUGCUAGCCGGUUUGUCCCUGCUCUCCCUCUCUCUUGGGGAGAGGAGAGGUAACGUCGUAAAAUAUGGUGAAGGUGAUUUUCCGAGGAAUAAUAUGAUGUUAGAUAUUUGACUGAA